CAUUAUCACUUGAUUAAAUCCGGAAUAACGAUCCGGUUAACGUUUUUGGUUUUUCUAAGACUACUUUUUUUGAAAUUUAUUAUUUUUAUAUAGUAUAGUAAAUUAGUAAAGUUUAAUUGUUAUUAAAUAAUUAUGCCCUAUAAAUGUUGUGCGUAUGGUUGUAAUAAUGUCGAUGGAGUGGACAAGAAUAUUAAGUUAUUUAGAUUUCCUUUGAAUGAAACCACAAAAAAAGAAUGGGUGAAUGCCAUACAGAGAAAAGAUUUUACGGCAACCAAAUAUAGUAGACUGUGCAGUGCACAUUUUAAUCCCAAUGAUUUUGUUGAAAAUCCAGACAGAUUAAUUUUAAAAGAAGGUAUAGUUCCUAGCAAUUUUAAUUAUCCUGCCACUCACAUUCAAAAAUACAGGAAGAAAAAAUUAACUGGAAAUGUUUAUUCUCCAGUGCUUGAUGAAAUAGUUCAGAAUAACAGUAGUCUAGAUGAUUUAACACCUUUAAAUGAAAUGGAUACAGCAAUUGACUUAACAUAUUAUGGACCCAAUACUAGUCUUUCACCACAUACACCAACAUAUACACCUUCUCUUCAGAGGAAGAAACUAAAAAGAAAAAUUGAAGAAUCUCCGGUAAAAAGUAGUUUGAGAAAAAAGGUUAAAGCACUGCAACAGACAGUACGAAGACAGAAAUUGAAAAUAACUACAAUUGAGGUAUUAUUUAAUGACAGUAUGGUAGGUGUGGUUAUAUGUGGUAUAAGGUAAUCAUGUGAUUUAAUUAAUGUUUGUUAGCUAUGUUUUUCAUUCAUUACUCCUCUCAGAAUCUAACAUAUGUAUUUUAUGUAAUUAUAACAAGAAUUAACAAAUAAAUGGUAACUAUAUGAUAUA